AUGGGUCGCGUUUGCGCCGCUUGCCAGCGCGACCUUCCACUGACCUCCUACACUGCCAACCAGCGGUCCAAAGGACCGGGGGAGUCGCGAUGUGUCGGUUGCGUUCAUGGCCAUCGCUCUGACGCUCCGUUUGCCCAACAGUCCAAUGGUGGUCGGUACAACAACGCUACCAGAGCUACGAUUUCCGACUCAGAGCUCGGCGACCCUUUCGCGUCGGGUGCUUUUCGUUGGGUUGGCCAGGGGGUUUACACCACUGGCCCACGAUCCGGUCAGGCCUGUGUUAUGAAAUGGUUUAAGACGGGGGCUGUCUUCGAAAAGGAAUAUUUCACUCUGGACAUCAAGGCAGUUGACAGAGCGCUGGAGCUUGUGAACCGCUUUAAUGAGCUGAACAUUGUCAACAAGACUAUCAAGAUUAACGUGCCCACCGUGUGGACGUUUGAAGAGGGGAGUUCCUGGGCCGGCCAGAAAAUUUUGGUCGAGCCCUUCAUCCAGAACUACCAAAAGUUCAACAGCAACACCGGCUGGAACGACGAUUCUGGAGCGUGGCCACAAGUCAUGCAGGCUCUCAGCCACUUCAGCUACCACGCCUCAGGCGGAAGUGAAGUCCUUUGCGACCUGCAAGGCGGCAUCUACCGGCAUGAACUCAUCUUAUCGGAUCCGGUGAUCCUUUCACGGGCGGGCGACUAUGGGGUCACCGAUCUCGGCUCCAGGGGCAUCAGUUCCUUCUUCAGCCAGCACACUUGCAAUGACUUUUGCCACCCCAACUGGACGAAACCCGCCAAUCCGCUGCGGCACUUCCGACCGGUCCCCGGGACAACCAUGAUUCGUCGCACUGUGCCAACUGCCAUGUCCCGGGCUGCUAACACUCGUGGGUUUGAAUAUUUCUAA